AUGAGUAUUGACUAUGGGAGUGACGACCCAUAUUCUGCUACUAGAGGGUUAUUGGAAUUAUUACUUCACGUAUUUGAAAAUCCCGAUAGAGGCACUGGUGCCUAUGUUACUGUCGCCAGAGGGAAAAACCUUGUUGGAGAAAAUUUACCUCCAAUUUUCAUUCAUAAUGUCAUGGGGAAGCAAUUCAAUUUACUUGGGAAGUACCCUCUUCACAAUGAUGUAGCACCCCUGAUAUUAUUUGCCUGUAUAUUUCUUGUUAUUUCAGUUAUACAUUUUGUUGUUUUUCUGAUCAAUUACAGUAGAGGUCAUUAUUUUAUGUUGAAUCUUGUAUGGGCUUUUACCAUGAUGAUAAGAAUGUUAUCAUUUAUAUUGCGAGCUACCUGGGCUGUCAACAUUGUCAAUGUCAAAGAAGGUAUUGCUGGUGAAGUUUUCUUUGUCAUACCGAACGUGUUAUUAGUAUCUACCAAUUUGAUAUUGGCACAAAGACUUUUCACAUGGAGGCAUCCUGUUGGAGGAACAAGGAAACUAUUCUGGGUAUUUAUGAUCUCGCUGUAUUUGCUGGCAGCCAUAAUACUUGCAGUAGCUAUUCUAGCUUCAGCAAUUCCUUACAUGUAUUACUUAUCAACAAAAAGAUUCUUUGUCUACAUUAAUUUAAACCGUUGGGCAUCUAUUAUGGUCAUAGUUUAUUCUUUGACAGCAACUUCGUUGAUUGGUUUGUCACUUUGGUUACCAACGAAAAAAGAUGAAAAUAGAUAUACUUAUCAACCGUGGUGGAUCGAGAGUUUUGCACCCUUUUAUUUUAUUAAAAAGGGGGCAGCACAGGAAGCAGAAGCAACAUUUAUGAAACGAAACUCCAACCACAGACACGCUACCCGUGUUAUUGCUGCAACUCACCAUCAUUUUAAAAUGGUGAAAGGAUUGUCUAAUCAGAGAGGUGACCUCAAACAUAAUGUUUCGUUGGUGAUCAUUAUAAUUUCUACUGUAUGCUUAUUAAUUGCUUCCAUUCUUCGUUCUAUAGUUGUGUUCCAGGCAAGAACUAAUUUCAAAAGUGGACCAGCUUCUGAGCCAGUUUCAAUGUAUUUUGCUUGGGGUGUAUUUGAAGUGAUUGUCAACCUUGCCUACAUUAUAGGAAGAGCUGAUUUAAGGUUCUACAGACCAGACAGAUUGCCAAAGAAAGUUCGAGCUAUUAUAACUGCCGAGCAGACGGCUGUAGUAAGUUCUGCAGAAAGUGAAGAGGAAAAUGAAGAAGAAGAUGAUGAUGAAGAUUAUGAAGAGUACGCGGAUUAUGAAGACGGAAAUCAAGACGAAUAUGCAUCUGAAUUCCCUGAUGAUGAGCUUUAUUUUAAGAAUCCCGCAGUGGGUCGAGAAUCUGAUAGUGGCUUGACACCAGUGAAUAACAACUUUGAAAAGAACUACAGUACAGAUUCAUACGGAUACAAUACCCCAAACACUUUUCUUCAAUCACCACAUGUUGGGAAACCAACACCAUAUCCCGAUAAUGAUGAAUUUAAAUUUUAG